AUGGGCGAAACACUCAAAGCAUAUUCCUGGGAGCAUAAAAUCCCCAGAGGUCUAGUAAAAGAUGGCGUGAUCUUACACAAUGCCUUGUCUGAGAUAUACGGCUCUGGCAAUUUUGCCUAUGAAGAGGUCGGUGCUGACAUUGUCCUCACGGCUUUCCUUGAGGAGCCUAAGAAUUUAUUGGCCCAGCUAGUGAAGAAGAAGGCUAUCAAAAGCCCGGAGCCGGAAAAGAAAGAGUGA